AUGAAACAGACUUGUGGGCAGGACGGCCCUCCUGAGUCACAGGCGACCGGAAUGCGUCGGCCAUCUUUCUGUGGUCUAAACGUUCACCUUCGUUCGAUGGUCGAAGACCUCAAAGCUGUGCUCAUGAAGGCCAUCUAUUUCUUGUAUCGAAUCCUGAUGAAACCUCAAUCGGAGCGAGUUCGCCGACUGUUUACGAAACGGGAACGAAGCAAGUACCAGAUGCUACUGCGGCAAAGACGAAAGCAAAACCGACGAUGCAUGCGCAGUUUCAUCGAGUUCACGGCGCUCUGCCAAAAAGCGAGCGCGGCUGUGGCGAUCGGUAAUGCGUUUUUAAAGAACUUCGACAUAACCGCUGCCGUGGCAGCAAUUCACGGACGGAUUGCACCAGCCCCAUGUUUUAGUUACGUUACGCUGCGUCAUUCGUGA